GUGGAAUGUUUACCCAUGAACCUGUACCAAAGUCUGACCCGGGGACACAUCCAGAUAAAUAUUCCCCCCAGUCCAGGCAGCCCUUCAUUCUCCAAAAACACAGGAGGCCGGAGCAACAUGCAGCCAUCACUUCUCGCCACAGUGGGAGGAUUUCUAUUAGUCGUCUCCCUGGUGUCUGCACAAACAAGAGGAGAUAAUGUGGGAGCGUGCACCCCAAACGAUGGCUUUGGAAAAUAUUGUCCUACAACAUGUGGAGUUGCUGAUUACUUCUAUAAGUAUGUGCCACAAGUGAGUGAUGAUCUGGACGAAAUGCAGAGAGAGCUGAACAUGAUCGCCAAUUUGACUCAAGGAGCAGAAGAAAAAAUUUCAUACAUGCGAGAUUCAGCCACUUCAGCGCAAAAGAGCUCCCAGCCAGAGCCUCUCUUUAAAAGGUCCUCAAGUAUGUUGGAAGACGUCAUUCGAUUUGAAAAGACGUUUAUUGCACAAGAACAGCAAAUUUUUGAACUCCAGAGUUUGAUCUCGUCCAAUGAGAGAAGCAUGGCCGACUUGAAGCAACUGUCCAUGCAGCUGCAGCAGAGGUGCAGCAACCCCUGCAGAGACGCCGUUGAAAUCCAGCCUAUCACAGGAGCAGAUUGCCAGGAUAUUGCAAAUAAAGGUGCCACCACCAGCGGCCUCUACUACGUGAAGCCACCAAAAGCUCAAGAGCAGUUCUUGGUCUAUUGUGAGAUUGACAGCGUUGGGCGUGGUUUUACUGUACUCCAAAGAAGACGUGACGGCAGUGUGGAUUUCUCCAAAAACUGGGUCCAGUACCAGGAAGGCUUUGGUUAUCUGUCCCCUGAUGACACCACCGAGUUCUGGCUGGGAAAUGAAAAGAUCCACCUUCUGACUGUCAGCUCCAACAUCCCGGUUGUCCUAAGGAUAGAGCUCGUUGACUGGGAGGGCAACAAAAGGUACGCUGACUACGCCAUGUUCAGGGUUGGCUCAGCAGAGGACAAUUACCGCCUGAUGUAUGGUUACUACUUUGGCGGCGACGCAGGGGAUGCUUUCGAUGGCGUUGACUUAGGAGAUGACCCCAGCGACAAAUAUUACACCUCACACAACGGGAUGCAGUUCAGCACCUUUGAUAGAGACAACGACAAAUAUGACGGCAACUGUGCCCAGCAGGACGGCUCCGGAUGGUGGAUGAACAGAUGUCACGCUGCACAUUUGAAUGGAAAAUACUAUCAGGGUGGCAGAUACUCGGAAAAGGACGCGGGUGAACACGGCUAUGACAAUGGCAUCACUUGGCUGACGUGGCACGACCGCUGGUACUCCCUGAAGGAAACAACCAUGAAAAUAAUUCCUCUCAACCGCAUCAUGGCAGGAGGAGGACAGCAAGCUGGAGUGAAAAACUUUGGAGGACUGGGAAGCCGUUAAAGAGGAGACACGUUCAUCCACAGCCUCAGGGCCUCCUCAGAUCGAGCAGUCAGCCACCAACUCACAUGAUCUCCUUGUGUUGUUUGACCACUGUGGGGAUAGAAUGUUGACGUUCCUGUUUUCAGUUUCUUCAAUGUUAUUUUGACCAUUAAAUCAAUUUAUUUUCCUUACCAA